GGCCCAAAGCAAACAUCCCGCUCUUUUUCCACUUUCAUUUUUUCGCUCCCCAGUUCCCACACCCCCACGCUCCCGGUCACACUGUCCAUAGUCCAUACCAUACACAGAAAGAGACCAAAACCAAACAUUCUUGCCGCCGGGACCUUCUCCCCAGAUAUCCACAAAUUUCUUUACCCCUGCAAUCUUUGAUCUUCAAGGCAGCUUCUGUAAAAUUAUCCGGUGACAACUCACCAAAAUGAGAGAGGAAGAGGUGGAGAAGCUCCGAGGCGUGGUGAGAGACUGCGUUAGCAAGCAUCUCUACUCCUCGGCCAUCUUCUUCGCUGAUAAGGUUGCUGCCUUUACAUCCGACCCCGCCGACAUCUACAUGCAGGCACAGGCUCUCUACUUAGGUCGUCAUUACCGCCGGGCCUUCCAUCUCCUCAACGCUUCCCAGAUCGUCCUCCGUGAUCUCCGGUUUCGGUACCUUGCCGCCAAAUGUCUGGAGGAGCUGAAAGAAUGGGAUCAGUGUUUGUCUAUGCUUGGUGAUGCUAAAAUAGAUGAACACGGAAAUGUACAUGACUUAAAAGAUUGUAAUGUCAUGUACUUGGAGAAGGAUGGGGAAGAUCAUGAAAUAAAUAUUACUUCGGCAAUAUGCUUUCUACGAGGAAAGGCAUAUGAGGCUCUAGAAAACCGUGCUCAGGCUCGGCAAUGGUACAAGGCUGCAAUCAAAGCUGAUCCAUUAUGCUAUGAGGCUUUGGAAUGUCUUAUUGACAAUCACAUGCUAACUUGUGAAGAAGAAACCAGUCUCCUGUCAUCGUUGCAAUUUGGUCCUGAAGAUGGAUGGCUCUCAUCAUUUUAUUCAUGUCUAAUAAAGAAGUACGACAAAGAAAAUGUUGUUGAAGCAAAAUUCACAGAACUGGAGAAAGGAAAUUGUGGCAUUAAUUCUUCAGAUCCCUCCUUUACAAACACAUUGAAAAACAACACUGAUCUGCUGGCAUGCAAAGCGGAAUAUUAUCAUCAGUGUGGAGAAUAUCAGAAAUGCUUUGACUUAACUUCUGUACUACUUGAGAGAGAUCCAUUCCAUUUGAAAUGCACUUUGGUGCAUUUAGCAGCAGCGAUGGAGCUUGGCCAUUCAAAUGAGCUUUAUCUCAUGGCAUGCAAUUUAGUGAAGGACUAUCCUCAGAAAGCUUUGUCAUGGUUUGCUGUUGGUUGCUACUAUUAUUGUAUCAAGAAAUAUGACCAAUCACGACGAUAUUUCAGCAAGGCUACACAGCUGGAUGGAACAUUUGCACCUGCAUGGAUAGGUUAUGGAAAUGCUUAUGCUGCUCAAGAAGAGGGUGAUCAGGCAAUGUUUGCUUAUCGUACUGGAGCUCGUUUGUUUCCUGGAUGCCAUUUACCAACAUUGUAUAUUGGGAUGGAAUACAUGCGAACACACAGCUUUAAACUUGCAGAACAGUUUUUCCUGCAGGCAAAGACAAUUUGCCCUUCAGAUCCACUUGUAUAUAAUGAACUUGGUGUUGUUGCUUAUCAUAUGAAGGAGUAUAAAAAGGCAGUCUGGUGGUUUGAGAAAACAUUGGCACACAUUCCUUCAUCUUUAAGUGAAAUGUGGGAGCCAACGGUGGUGAAUCUUGCUCAUGCCUUAAGGAAGUUAAAGAUGUACCAUGAGGCAAUCUCAUAUUAUGAAAAAGCACUUGCCUUAUCAACCAGAAGUUUGAGCACUUAUGCAGGUCUGGCAUACACUUACCAUCUACAGGAUAAUUUCAAUGCCGCAAUUACAUAUUACCACAAGGCAUUGUGGCUAAAACCGGAUGAUCAGUUUUGCACAGAGAUGUUGACACUGGCUCUAGUGGAUGAGUGCCGGCGUGGUUCGGAUCACAAAAAUGAAUCUCGAAGAAGCGAUGUCCAUGCUUUGUAAUCAAGAAUUUUAAUAUAUAUAUAUAUAUAUAUAUAUAUAUAUAUUCAAACAUACUGUAGUUAAUCUGUCAAAUAAGUAAGUUGAAAGAAUGUGUUGGAAAAUUGUGAGAGUUCAUUCAAUGAGACAGCCACAAGGUGGUGGCAAAUAAUGCCUGAGAGAGGAGUACCUUACACGCCGAGGGUGGUUGUUGGGACGGGCCAACCGUGUGGGAGGUGGAUUAGAGGUCAAUGACUUGAUGGGCUCCGAAAUGGUGGUAAGGUAACUCCCAUUAAUGCUGAUAGAUUACAAGAGGAUACAUGUGAUGUGGAUGGUGUUAGACUUAUUGUUGUUUUUUUUGGCGUCCAUCAGGUGAUUGACAUUUCACAUUGUUAUUGUAACCUAACCACCAUAAAUAUCGUUGGUCGGACUAAUCUUAAAAUAAAGCUCUCAGACCCGAAGGCGUCAUACAAGUGGUUAUACAUCUUCUCAAGAAAUAGUUUCUAGAAAGUGGUGUUUUCCACAAUCCACACCGUGGUCCUUGAAAAAAGCGGGCCUAAUUAAUUUCUC